UCGUCCCGGCGAAGGCGCUACCAGAACGUCAAGCGCGACCCCUCGGCUGGGUCGACUCUUCCUGUCAGCACUCUGAGGGGACUCUUCGGCGAGUCCCCCGGGCGCUGAAGAAGCUCCUGCGGGCUUCCGACGGGGCGGGCGCGCACAGCUGAGGGGCCCGGUGCCGGAAGGCGCCGAGCUUCGCUCAGCUGAGAGCCGGAGGCGUGGCGAGGCCGCCGGGUUUUGUUUUCCCCCGGCCGGUGGGAGCUUUCAGUUUCGUUUUCAGCCGCAGUCUCCUCCCCGCGGGAGCCGCCUGCGCCCCUUCAGUCGCGGGCCCCACGACCAUGGCGCCGGCCGCCCUCCUCCGUGAGGUGACCCAGGUGCUAUGCGCGGCCGGGGGCGCCUUGGAGCUGGAGGAGCUACGGCGCCGCGUGCGGCCGGGCGUCAGCAGCGAUGUGCUGGACCGGCUGCUGCGGGAGCGCGGGCGCUUCGUGGUGGCGCGGCGGGCGGCCGGGGCGGGCGCGGCGGCCGUCGAGCGCGUGGUGCUGGCCGUGUCGCCGCUGCGGCUAUGCGGCGCCCAUCUGGGCCCGAAGCCAGGCUGCGCGGGGCUGUGCGCGCAGCUGCACCUCUGCAAGUUCUUGUUCUACGGCAAGUGCAAGUUCCUCAGGGACGGGAAGGAAUGUAGGAACGGUCACAACUUGAUGUCCAAUCACAACGUGAGCGUGCUGAAAACACAUGGCGUGGACCACCUCAACUAUGGUGAGCUCUGCAUGCUCCUGUUUCAGAACGACCCCUUGCUCUUGCCAGAGAUCUGCCUUCAUUACAACAAAGGAGAUGGACCAUACGGCUCUUGUUCCUUUAAAAAGCACUGUAUCAAGCUCCAUGUCUGCCAGUAUUUUUCGCAGGGUGAAUGCAAGUUUGGCACUGGCUGUAAGAGAUCCCAUGACUUCUCUAAUUCUGAGAACCUGGAAAAACUGGAGAAGUUGGGCAUGAGGCCGGAGCUGGUGAGCAAGCUGCCUUCCAUUUACAGAAAUGCUCAUGACAUCAAGAGUAAGAGCUCUGCUUCCAUCCGGGUGCCACCUCCACCCUCGAAGUCACAGGGGACUUCCGAAAGAAGAGACACAGGUCCUGUGUCCCUAAACACUGCCACCCAAGAGGAGAGUGAUCAGAUCUGCUUGUUCCAUAUCUGGAAGAGCUGUAGCUUUCAAGAUAAGUGCAGUAGAGUUCAUUUCCACUUGCCAUAUCGAUGGCAAGUCUUAGAUGGAGGCAAGUGGAAGGAUUUGCACAAAAUGGAGCUUAUUGAAGAGGCAUAUAGCAAUCCUGCAAGAGACGGGGUCACGUGCACCGAGACAUCCAGUAGCUUUCUCAUUGGUUUUCUGAACUUUGACACCAUGAAGUUUGGUGCCACCCAGGCUCGCCGUCUCUCCACGGCCUCCUCGGUCACCAAACCGCCACACUUCAUCCUCACCACCAACUGGGUUUGGUACUGGACUGAUGAGUUCGGCUCUUGGCAGGAAUAUGGAAGACAAGGCAUGGAUCACCCUGUGACCAGCAUCACCAGCAGUGACUUGGAGAAGGCCUACCUGGCGUACUGUGCCCCGGGGUCUAACCCCCAGGCAGCCACCCUGAGGUUCCAAGCAGGAAAGCACACAUAUGAGUUAGACUUCAAAGCCUUCAUUCAGAAAAACGUGAUCUAUGGCACAGUUAGAAAGGUUUGCCGGAGACCCAAAUAUGUGUCUCCCCAAGAUGUGAAGAUGAAGCAAACCUGCAGCAUCAAUUCUCAAGGCCUAAAGAACAUUCCUGACCAUUGGGAUCUCUCGGCCCUGCCGGACACUGGCUUUAAGAGGAUUACCAUCCCUUCAUCCUCAGAAGAGUUUCAGAAGGUCUGGAGCCUCUUCACCUGUACAAUGCCUCUCUACUCCAUUCAGAAGAUUGAACGGGUCCAGAACCCCGCCCUCUGGGAAGUCUACCAGUGGCAAAAGGAGCAGAUGCAGAAGAGAAAUGGUGGGAAGACGGUGGAUGAAAGGCAGCUGUUCCAUGGCACCAGCACUGGUCUUGUCGACGCCAUUUGCCAGCAGAACUUUGACUGGCGGGUUAGUGGUCUCCACGGUACUUCCUAUGGCAAGGGGAGCUACUUUGCCCGGGACGCCGCAUACUCCCACCAUUACAGCAAAACUGACACCAACACCCACGCCAUGUUCUUGGCUCGGGUGCUGGUGGGCGAGUUCGUCCGGGGCAGCACUGCCUACGUCCGCCCCCCGAUCAAGGAGGCCCAAGGCAACAUCCUGUACGACAGCUGCGUCAACAGCAUGUCCGAACCGUCCAUCUUUGUGAUCUUCGAGAAGCACCAGGCCUACCCGGAGUACGUCAUCCAGUACACUGCCUCCACCAAGCCCCCGGCCGCUGCUCCCACCCUCUUGUCCUUGGCUUCUUUCUUCAGCGGCCGGCAGUGAGCACCCCGAUGGUUUUAUGCCUUUCUGGCUUAUCUUACUUGAAGUAGUUCUUUAGGGAAAGUUUUUUUUUUUAAACAAAAAACUUUUAAUGAACUGUUCAUUUAACAUUGACUUCGUGAUGAAGUUACGAAGAUUCUUAAUCUCUGGCUGAUGAUAAUAUUUUCACUUUUAAAUCACUUUUGGACUUGCCAGUAAUGAUGGUAGGCGAAUCCAUUAUUGCUUUUUACUCGGGUGUUAAAGUUUUAUUUUUUACUCUUUGUUGACUUUGCUGCGGAUUGGCAUCAGGCACAGAUUUUCCAGACACUAUUUUAUGGAUUGGUUUUAAUUUGCAACAAUUUCUGUCUCUUCAGUGGUUUGACAUUUCAGGGUCUUUGUGGCACCUGGAUUUGUUUUUAUCAGAAUGACACAGUAGCCAUUGGUACAGAAGUCCUGGGUUGUGGGCCUGGCAGGGCACAUCAUGUCCGUUGCGAUGUGUCUAAUCCAGACAACAUUUCUGCUGCUUCUCCUGGGCUUCUGGCCUUGAAAUUGGCCCAUGUUAGACCAGUGGCUAGACCAGCUGUUAGACCAGUGGCUGCUGUGUAGUGUCACUGAAUCCCUGUUGGUGUCCCUUAGUCGUGGCAGGUGAUAGGAGUGAGUGGCUCUCCCAGGACCUGGCCUGGCCUGUGAAUGCCUGUCCCUGCCUCUGCACAGAAUACCCUCUGAAUAAGGGUUUUAUGUCCCCAUGAAAUCUGAAUACCUGUGCUGCAGUGUCACAGCAGAGUCUGGGAAUAAAAAAAUAUUUAUCUGA